AUGGUACGUCUCCGCGCGACUCCUCCAACAGUCAUACAAUGCAUCGACGACACGGCCGGUUAUCCAUUCGAAGCUCGCAAGCGGUUCGUCGGCACACCCAUGACAGUCCGAAGGAGCGCGAAACGCAAGAGGGGGCUCGCGACGGUGGAUAUGCAUGGCCACGUCGUUUCGUACGAAGCAGAACCUGCUGUUGGCCAGUUUUUUUACCAUGCCAGACGAGUGGAUGAAGCGCGCGAGCCCUCCCGAGGACUGUCGUGCGUCGACGACGAACCGGCGAGCUUGGAUCGAUGCCGCCGAGCAGUCAACAUCCCGAAGACCCGCAACACCUACUGCAAGGGCAAGGAGUGCCGCAAGCACACCCAGCACAAGGUGACCCAGUACAAGGCCGGCAAGGCCUCCCUGUUCGCCCAGGGUAAGCGACGAUACGACCGAAAGCAGUCCGGUUACGGUGGUCAGACCAAGCCCGUCUUCCACAAGAAGGCCAAGACGACCAAGAAGGUCGUCCUGAGAUUGGAAUGCGUCAAGUGCAAGACCAAGUGCCAGCUGGCGCUGAAGCGAUGCAAGCACUUCGAGCUGGGUGGUGACAAGAAGACGAAGGGUGCGGCUUUGGUGUUCUAA